CUCAUGGCUGGUAGAAGGGUGGUGGUGUUUCCCUCCUCAGCAGAGCUGGGUCCUGCACUGGCCCAUCUUGUGAUUUCACGGGCUGAGAGGGCCAUCUCCUCUCGUGGCAGGUUCACGUUGGGCCUCUCUGGAGGAAGCCUCGUCUCUCUGCUCAGCAAAGAGCUGCUUGCCCUGCCAGAACUGGACUGCAGCAAAUGGGUGGUUGGCUUCUGCGACGAGAGACUGGUUUCAUUUGAUGAUCCGGAGAGCACCUAUGGUCUCUACAAGAUUCAUUUGUUUUCCAAAAUCAACAUCCCUGAAAGUGGUAUCCUAACCAUUGACUCCUCUCUGUCAGUCGGUGACUGUGCUGAAGAUUAUUCCCGCAAACUGAAAGAGGCUUUCCCAGGUGACAGUUUUCCUGUAUUUGACCUGUUACUGCUUGGUAUGGGACCCGAUGGGCACACGUGUUCCCUUUUUCCAGACCACCCUCUUCUCGAGGAAACAAAGAAGAUAGUGGCUCCUAUCAGUGAUUCUCCCAAACCACCACCACAGCGUGUGACAAUGACUUUUCCAGUGGUGAACUCUGCGCUCUGUGUUGCUUUUGUAACUACAGGUGGAAGCAAAGCACCUGUUUUAAAGGAAGUCCUGGAAAAUAGAGAAAGUUCUGUGUUUCCAGCAGCUCGCGUUGUCCCAACCAAGGGUGAGCUGUUUUGGCUCAUUGACGAACCUGCAGCUGCUUCUUUGACCAUUCAGGUAGAGAGGCUUGGCUCAGGUGCCAAACUGUAGAGUUUUCAGUGUAAUAAAGCAGAAUGUCCAAAAUAUGUAUUGUGUGUGACA